CCUUGGAGUUAGGCAAGGCCUCUGGCAUUUUCUAACCCAGCCUCUCAUCUGUGGAGGGAGUUUUCCUUAUUCUCUGGUCCCUGUGGCUGUGGUCCCUGGCCCCCGGGAGCUGCCCUCGCAGGGCUGAAUACGAAGGCCACUCAGGCCAUGCGUCCCCAGCUCCAUCAGGGGGCUCCCAGGAUGGUCCCCCUUGUGGGACACAUUGCAGAGACUUCUUGUUCUCUGGGGCAGAAAUCUGCCUCGUGGCAGCCUCUCCCCACCCGGGGACGCCCCACAGAGCCCAAGGGAAAGGCCGACUCUCUCAUAAUAUAGCACAACUUCCUAUCUCUUUCUUCCUACCAGACGUUUCCGGUUUCUCUAACUCUUCUCUGGCAAGGCUUCUGCUGACCCCCCUGACACUGAAGCCCGGCUACCAAGCUGGCUCAAACUCGAGCCUCUGGGAUGUCCAUGAGCCCUCCCGACAGACUCCUUCCUUUCUCCCCCCGUCUUUUCUUUGCCAUUGGCAGCGUGUGUCACAGUCCCGCGUACCUAAGAGAUGUUUGAUAGACGCUUGGCGAACUGCUUUGACGUCGUCCACGUGGCCAGUUUGUCAAAGGUCACGCCUCUGAGGUCAGAGCUCUUCCCACAAACGUUGGGUGAUGCCUGCGCGGUGCCCAGCGUCACAACAGGCGCCCGGGACCCAUCAGCCCAUAGAGCCCGCACACGUGUCACGGUGGUAGCCUAGCCACAGCUCAUGUUUGCUUAGCCCUGUAUAUCGUACAGAGUCUUUCUUCCGUAUUUAUCUUAGUCGAUUCCAUGGCAACCUGAUGAUUUACAGGUGAGAAGGCUGAGGUCCAGCACGAUCUGCUGAUGCAGGUUAUGGAGCUAUUCAGUCACACGGAAAGGCACUUCUCGGGUCUUCUGGGGACGUCUAACCCUGCGCUCCACCUCGACUCAUCAAGGUCUCCUCUAGAGUUCUGGGGAAUAACUAGGUUAUCCCGCGGUCCUCAUCUUGUCUUCGCGGGAAAGUUCUGAUUUAAUUUAAAAACUCCCUUUGGUAUUGAAGUAUAAUUGACAUACAAUGUUAUAUCCGUUGCAGGUGCCCAGCCUAGUGAUUCGAACUACAUUCCCUACCUUAUUUCAUGCUCACCACGAUAAACGUAGUUACCGUCUGCCACUCGAUUUUACUUUUUGCCCCGCCCCCUACCCCGGGUCAAAGCAAUGUUUAUUCAAGAAUUAUCUGCCCCCCUCCAAAAAGAGAAAAAGAGAGAGAGAGAGAGAGAGAGGACAAUGCCAAGAGAAUGCAGAACCCCGAAACGGCUGCUGAACAUCAGCAGUGUUCAUCUCAAAGAUUACUCAACUGAGGGUUUAGUAUGUAAUUCCAGCAGCAGAAAAGAAGAACUGUACUGAGCUUGAUAACUUUCUGAAAACUUGCAGAGCAGCGAGCCUGUUUAAAAGGGGAAGCCGUCUUGUGUCCUACCUUCCCAAUGCCUCUGAUCAGACGGCUCCUCCAUUUCGUGCGUGGCAAGACCUAAGCUGUCCCCGGGUGCAUAAAAGACUUUGCUAAAGUAACAGUCAUCCACACUUGGCCUUUUGUACCUCAUCAGUCAGCAUGCCCACGGCUGGGCCCAUCGUGUGUUCUCCAUGCCUUCCUAAAUUCUCAACUACUGAGGACAUGACCGCUCCAAGUUAGCCAUUUCGCGUGUAUCGAUGUUGACUUCGUAAGAAACAGUCCGUGAAAAUAGAACUUGCAUAUACAGCCAUCACCUACUACUGCCCAGAAUAUAUACAUCGCUGAACACUUUCUGGAAGCAAUUUGACAAAACGCAUCAAGAGACUUAGAAAACAGGUGGAUGGAUACCUCUGGCUCCUUCAACUCAUCUUUACCAGGGACAAUGGAGGCUUUGAUGGCCGGAACUGAGACGGUGACAGCGGAUGCGUCUGUCAGGACCACACUGUUCGACUAUGAGUUCUCGCUGCCAUGUGAGAAAAUCAAUGUCAAGGAGCUGGGGUCCCGCCUCUUGCCCCCACUGUAUUCCCUGGUGUUCGUGGUUGGUCUGCUGGGCAACGCGAUGGUGGUGGUGAUCCUCACAAAAUACAGGAGGCUCCGGAUCAUGACCAACAUCUUCCUGCUCAAUUUGGCCAUUUCUGACUUGCUCUUCCUGUUCACUCUGCUGUUCUGGAUUCACUACAGCAGGUGGAACGAGUGGGUGUUCGGCCACUUCAUGUGUAAGCUCCUCUCCGGGCUUUAUUACAUGGGCUUGUACAGCGAGAUUUUCUUCAUCAUCCUGCUGACCAUAGACCGGUACCUGGCCAUCGUCCACGCCGUGUUCGCCCUGCGGACCCGGACCGUCACUUUCGGUAUCAUCAUGAGCGUCCUCACCUGGGGCCUGGCAGGGAUAGCAGCCCUCCCUGAAUUUAUCUUCCAUCAGUCCCAAAAUGAUGCUGAACAGUACAUCUGUUUGCCUCUUUAUCCAGGAGGCCAAGAGGAUAACUGGAAGCGUUUCCAUGCUCUGAGCAUGAACAUCCUCAGUCUGGCCCUGCCUCUGCUCAUCAUGGCCGUCUGCUACGCGGGAAUUAUUAGGACACUGCUGAGAUGCCCCAAUAAAACCAAGUACAAGGCCAUCCGGCUCAUUUUUGUCAUCAUGGUGGUCUUUUUCAUGUUCUGGGCCCCCUACAACCUGGUCCUCCUUCUCUCUGCUUUCCAAACGAUCUUCUUUGAGGUCAGUUGUGAGCAGAGCAAAUGGCUCGAUGUGGCCAUGCAGGUGACAGAGGUGAUCGCCUACACGCACUGCUGCGUUAACCCCGUCAUCUACGCCUUCGUCGGCGAGAGGUUCCGGGAGCACCUCAGCCACUUCUUCCGCAGGCACGUGGCCACCAACCUGGGCAAAUACAUCCCGUUCCUUCCCAGCGAGAAAUCAGACCGAGCCAGCUCUGGCUCCCCAUCAACGGGGGAACAGGAGCUCUCGUUUGUCUUUUAGGCCAGAUGCGGAAAAUUACCUAAAGCGGAGGCGCCGGGCAGAUGAAGGAAACACAUUAAGUCCAUCGCGUUGACCUUAACGCCAGCCCUUUGAACUUCUAGCUCGAUGCCGAAACUUGUAAAGACAUUAAAGUGUAUACACAAUGGGGUCAGCAGACCCGUGUGCCCCGGGCGUUAACGGGGGUCACUAGUUAGUCAGUUCACUUGCCGUCCACACAGAAGUUUGCUCGGUUCUCAGAAGAGUUACAUCCAGUGUAACGUACCCAAGUGUUAGCUAGUCACUAUAUGCAGCUAUGAGCAGGUAAAUCAUUUUAUAGUUUAAACCUUAACUUUAGCCAGCUGUUGCAUAAAUGAAACGUGUUUCACAAAAUACAAUAAAUCAGUCGCAAUACUUUUAA